AUGAGUAUGUCACCUUUCCGAUCAGUCGUAGUGACAGCGUGUACAACCUCCGGUCACCGGAAACCUGACACAUAUCGCCGGAAUAGUUCUUCUUCUAACUGGUGGACCCCACUCUUCGCCUGGUCCUCCGAACCCGACUACAUUGACUCCGGGAAAAACGGUGACAACAAUUCAGACUCGGAUCUGGAACCCAAACCGUCUCGAUCUCGGUUCGUCCCGGGUCGUUUCACCGAAGAGAAGGCCAGACAGCUCCGGAUGAUGACCAUGGGCACGUCGUCGUUUCACGACGUUAUGUAUCACUCCGCGAUCGCGUCGAGACUCGCCUCCGACUUCUCCGAGCGGUCCGAUCGGUAAUUUCCGGCGUCGACAUCGAUGUAAUGGGUGAAGGUUAUGUGGAAGAGAGAUCUACACUCAUUCGAGCCCUACUUCCUUUCAGUUCCAUCAACCGUUGGAUUCAUGUGGAUGAUCUCAUAUGAUGAAAUUGAAGAAAAUUAGUGUGCAAGGGAUCCGAUCUGUGGAUCAAAUAGAUAAUCAUGUGUUUGAUUAAUUAAUUGCUUAAUGUGUGUAUAUUUUCAGAAAGUUUGUGUGCGCGUAUGUAUUUAUGAUAUAUGUAUAUGUGUAAAGAUUUGAUUUGUGGUUUAAAAAUGAUAAUUAGUUGAAG